CAAACAAAUUCAGUAUCUCGAUUCCUAAUUUUUUUGUAUCGGUAAAUACCAAUACCAAAUUUAUAUACCACUUGGAUGAGAUGGAGCUAUUGGAGGAGGACAGUUAUAACACCGCUGUUAGACUAAGGAGUAAUAUCAUUAGCAGGGAUAUGAUGAUGGCGAUAUGAUGAUAGAGGCAUCGAUGGAGGGGAGAGAGUGGUGUUCGGGUUGAGAGCGAUGAAAGGACAUGACGAUGGUGGAUUUUGAAUCCCAAAAUCUAUGAACCUUAAUCACUAUGCCAAUUUUUUUGCGUUUGUUGUAGGCAGCGGAGGAUCUAGGUUUGGGGAUUUAAGGAUCUGGGUGAGUUUUGCAUUCUUGAAAGCUCGCAGAGAGGGAUUUGGGAGGACAAAGAGUUGACAGAGGGAGAGGGGAUUUGGGAAGACGAAGUUGCACCGAUGUGGAAGGGAUUUAUGAGUUUUUUUAAUUAAAAUAAAAUAUGAUAUCGCAUCUAGUUGUCGUGACAUGUCUAGUUGGAAUUGAUGUGUAAGCUAAGGUGGCAUCCACAUCAGCAAUAUUGUUAUCCUAAAUAACGACGUUUAACACUGUUAAAGUUUGUAAAUGAAAUGGCUAGAUUUAUUAAAAAUUUGUUAUUAUUGUGAGAAAUUCGAAAUGUGUGGCUAUGCAUAUAUUUUGCCAUUUUUUUAUCAAGUAAUGAUAAUAUUAUGUUAUAUUGGUUAAUGCAAUUAACAAAUUAACCAAACAAAUUAAACUUUAAAUUGGUAAAUUGGUUAUUGUUAAUUUGGACGAUUUGAUUUACGUAUUGUAUUCUACAGUUAAUAUAAUUUAGCAGUAUUUAGUUCGAUAAUUACCAUGAUAAUUACUUUAACAUUCCUAAUGUCAACGUAAUUUCUUUCACAUUCUUCCACCAAGCUCUCCAUUUUUCCCUCAGUCAAAUCACAAAUGCCCGUCUGCGGUGUCAAAUUUAAAAAUGUUGAUCAAGACAUGCUGGUGGUCAGGUACUCUCAUUAUGAUCAUCUACAAAAUUAUUGAUGUGAAUUUUGUUUAGCUUUUGUUUUUAAUUGUGUUUUCUGUUAUUGUUUUUGGUUAGUUUUUUUUUUACAUGCAUCAUCCAAGUGUUUUUGAUAAGUCUAUAAUGAACCACCACGUGUUUUCAAAAUUUGAAAAUUUUGCCAAAAUACGUGCAUCAUCCAAACUAGUUGUCAAUUAUGUUUCCUUUCAAUAUAUUAAACAAAAUAAAUCAUGAAUUCAUCAAUCAUUUGACUUUAAAGUGCAUAAUUCAUGUACUACAUUGCGACAAAUACACUUUGAACCAAUGUUGUUAGAACCGAACCGGAGCAUGACCCGGUAAUGGGAACGGCUUGCACUUUAGUGGUCCAACCGACAUUAGACCGUUUAAAAACCGUUAGAGAACCGGUACCUAAUAAACGUUAUCAGUAUAAAUAGUGGACGUUUCUUAAUCAGGGCUCAUCUCUUUGCUUUGAAAUUGUGAAAUGGAAAUAAUGAUUCAGUUUGACAGCACGACGUUUUUGGAUUAUUUCAAUUUUCAAAAUUUUGCAAUUUUUUUAAUUAAAUUUAGUGGCUGAAUGGCAAAAACCGGACGAGCGGCUCAAUCGGCUCGAACGGUUAACCGCCUCGGCCGCUUGCCAACCUCUACAUAAAACCGGAGCGGCUUUUAGACUGUGCCGAGCCAGUUUUGUGACCGGGUGGCGGUUUUACCGGUCGGGCCGAGUGGCUCGAUUCGGCUUUAAUAACACUGCUUUGAACACUUAACGAAAUACGUGACGUAACAACGCAAAUUUUACAAGUCGAUACACAUACUCUAAUAAUAAUUCUUGAGAUUCUUUGUCACAAUCAUUAUCAGCUAGGAGAGGGCUUAACAGGUGCUUUUAAUUAAAGAGCGAAGUCGAAAGUAGACAAGAAUGAGAAAAUGAAGAAACUAAUAACUACAAGUUUUAUUUAGUGGAAAUCAUUUAUGUAAUCGUUAAAAUAAACCAAGACAAAUACAUAUCAUAAUGUGUGUAAUUCAAUUGUUAUUGCGAUUCAACUGGAUAUAAGGUAUGAAUUUCAAACUGAGUCCCGACAUCCACCCUUUUAUGCCCUACCUUUGCCGUUGAUUGUGUAAUGCAUCAUUUUUUUUUUUUUUUGACAAAUCAAUACUAUAAUCAUUGUUUUGUUGAUAGUAAAUAGAAGUCGCACUAAAUGGUGGAAGUUCGAACCCUUGACCAACAAGUUCAUGGCUUGACUUUGGUUGCUUGAUCGGGGCCCUGCUCGUAGAGCCCACAUCGAGACAACUUGCUUGUCCUAUGUUGGAUGAAUUUUGUGAUGGAUUUGGUGAUGGAUUCGGAUCUAUUAUAAACUUUGUCUGAAAUCCAUUGUUUGCUUCAUUUAUUUAGGGGCAAGUGGGCAACAAAUUCGUGGGUCCCGCAAGCUUUAAGGGUUCAAAUCCGUGGACCCCAAACUUGAAAGUUCCACAUCUUUAGGUGGGAAUUGAGCAUGGACUUUGAAGUCCAUCAUUUAAUACCAAACUACCCCUCCCAUUUCAUUUCUCUUCUCAUACCAAUGAGGGCAAUAAAGGAAAAUUUUAUUUCAUACAUACAAAUCUAAUUAACCAAUUCCAUUAUAAAAUCUAUGAAACAAACAAUGGUAUUUUUCAAGUCCAUAAUGAACCCAAACCCUUAUAUAUCCAUGGUUUUACAAAACCCAAAUUUUACCAAAACCUUCAUUUUUCAAAUCUACAAAGCAAACUAGGGCUGGGAAUCCGGUUCCAGUUUUUCGGUCAAAUCGGAAACCGGCCAGUUUAAAUCGUCCCGGUUACAACCGAAAACCAGAUACAACCCGGUCUGGUCCGGAUUCCGGUUGCCUAUAUAUGAGAAAAAACUGUACCAGUUUUAACCCGGUUAAAACCGAAAAUAACCGGAAAACCGGGCCCUUCCCAGCCCAGCCCUUUACUGAAGCCCAACCCCUCUCAACCCAGAAGCCCAAAUACCCACCCGUAAAACCCUAAUGUGGCCAUCUCCAUCGUAGUCUCCACCUCCCCGCCGCAUUGUCAAUCUCUCUCUUUGCUCUCUGCUCUAUAAGAAGAACCAGAGCAGCCGAUCGCCGCACAACCGUCGAAGCAGCCGCCGCGCCGACUUGCCCUUUCUUCCGUGACGGCACCGCGAUCCCCCCUUCUGGCCGAGCCGUCGAGGUCUGGUCUCUGCUCUAGGCGACGGUUACGGCUACAGCGACAACGAUGGAGACGACGAUGUGAGAUCGCACCCAAUCUGGUCUCUCUCUCUUCUCAGUCUCACCAACCGAUUUGAGACCACCUUUGAUCUGCACCCUCCGUCUCGAUCUUGCCCAGAUCGAAACAUGCAACAACAAUGAAGCAAGAAUAAGUGAAAGGGGAUGGCGACGGCAAUGAUGAUUUGGGGAUGGUGACGAUGGUGACUGCGACGACGAGGAAGACGGAGGAAUGGUGGCGAUGGUUGCGUCGGUGGGAGAGAACUCUCUAUCGGUGACACUUACAAUGUGAGAGGGAAAGAAACAGAGACAGAGAAGGAGAGAGAGAGAUUUGGCAAUUUGUUGGUUGCAGAUGCGUGUGUUUUUUGGUUUUGUGAGAGAAGAAGAAUUAAAACGGUGGCGUUUGGUGGUAGUGAAAAUAUCCAGUUUUUUUGUUGAAACCGGAUCGGACCGGAUCCAACCCAGUCCGGUCACGGUUGAAACCGGGUGUCCAUCCAAUUCAAUUUUCUGUUGUAGCUUUGCUCAAUACGGUUUCAAAAAACCGGGUUAAUCCGGUCUGGUUUUAACCGGACCAAAGCGUUUCCCACCCCUAAAGCAAACUACCCGUAAAUCUUUAGUGCCUACCAUCCAAAGUAUUUCAGCCAGCUAAAAGGGGACUCUUUUGGUUUCGGGACUCAUUGUAAUCCAUUGUGAGCAAACAUAUACAGGCGAGGGGUGGGAAACGGUCCGUUUUGGUUAAAACUGGAUCGGAUAACCGGGUUUUAAAAUCGUUUUGACCAAUAUCACAACCGAAGACGGGAUUAUAUGAGUACCAGGUUUCAACCGUGAUCAGACUGGAUGAAAUUCUGGUCCGAUCCGAUUUCAACCUUGCUCGGACUAGAUGGGAUUCCGGUCCGAUCCGGUUUCAACCAAAAGGUGGAUGCGGAUUGUUUCCUUUCCCAAAGUCCCACCCGCACAAUUGGACAAUCCCUAAUUCCCCCACUUUCAUCUCCAAUCUCCAGAAGAUCCACUUCUUCCCUCCUUCGAUUCUUCUGCUCCCUCUACCUUCCUGAUUCUUCUUCUCCUUCUCUUCGCUAUCAAAACCCAACCCAGCUGUCGACGCACGCACAUCAUCGCCUCCGUCGUUGUCCUCUUCACCGCGAUUCGACAAACAAAGUUUGGAUCUUGGCUAUGAUGUCAACUAGGAUCUUGGCGGCGAUGUCAGCAGGGCAACGAUUGUGCAUGUCAUCCUCAGGAGCAGUGUCGGUCGGCGCCUCGGUGGAGUUCGAGAAGAGAGAGACCCGACUCGCCGUCUAGGGUGAGAUGUUGCCAAAGUCGGAGGGAGAGUUGUUGGACGCCGACGAGAGAACGAAGAAGAAGAGGAUUCAGACGUGCUGCUCAGGGACAUAGAUGCGGCGGUUGACAAGUUUGAGAGAAGCUGGAGGAGUGCUUGAGAGUUAGCGUUUAGGAUUUUGCAAGUCUGGAUGGGCUUUGGGCUUUUAGUGGGUGAGUUGGGGUCUGGUUGGGCUUUGGGUGAGUGGGUAUGUUUUGGCUAGGCUGGGCUUGGCUUUGGCCUUCAGGAUAAGACAGGGUCCGGUUUCUGGUUUUUUGCGGUUUUAACCGGGUUAUACUUGGUACUAUUUUUCUCAAUAUAUUGGCGACCGUAAUCCGAACCAGAUCAGGUUGCAUCCGGUUUCCGGUUGCACCCAGGACGGUUUAAACUGGUCGGUUUUCGGUUUGACCAGAAAAUUGUGACUGGAUUCCCAGCCCUAAUACGGGCGUAUAACUUAGAUCAAUAUCCGUCUACGUCUAAGUGGUGUUCUUUAUAAAUAAUAAUAACUAACCCUGAAAUUCGAAUAAAACACUCUUUAUUCUAGUCUAAUUCCUAUAUCACUAGGUGUUUCGACCAAAGACGUUCCGAAUUGAUAACAAUAAUAAUAAUUUGGUGCUAUGAUUCAUAAUUUUUUGUUCAAUUUGGUGCUCUGAUUCAUAAUUUUUUGUUCAAUCUCUUUGAGAGUUGAUGAACUUGUGGAGAGGAGGGGGUGAUCCCGUGAUCUAUACUUUGAUGCUCAAGUUAAUACAAGAGAUGUGUGGUGGUGUAUAUGAAUGUAGAGAUAAGACAAUAUUAUAAAGAGAGAUCUCGGAAGAGAAGAUGAGGACAUACUCUUUUGUCCUAUUAGGCAUCCAAAUAUAAUAUCCUAAUACUA